AUGAUCCCCGUGUUGCAGCAGAUAGCACAGAUGAAGGCGCGCCUGCAGCAGCUGGUGGAGGGCGCCCACUACCCUGCCGCGCUGCAGCUGACGCCCCUUGCUUGCCCCCGCUUCCUCUACAUCCCUCUCAUGAUCCCAGUGCUGCAGCACAUGCAGCAGAUAGCACACAUGAAGGCGCGCCUGCAGCAGCUGGUGGAGGGCGCCCACUACCCCGCCGCGCUGCAGCUGUGCUCGCGCUGCCUCGUGCUCGUGGAGCAGAGCCGGUCGCUGUGGGCCAUUGGGGAUAUGAGCAGCAGCCUGGAGGGCUGGCUGGCGAGAGUGGUGGAUGAGGUGGACGCCAUUCUCUUCACAGUCUGCCGGCGCUACAACCCCACCGCCUAUGCCACAGUGCUCGACUCAUAUGCGGUGAUGAAUGGGCUGCCCGCCCUCGCGGAGAAGGUGCACAACUUCUUCUCCCAGGCUGUGGUGUCUGAGACGUAUGACAUCCUGCUGCAGUUCGUGGAGCAGGCUGUGGUGUCUGAGACUUACGACAUCCUGCUGCAGUUCGUCGAGCAGGUGGUGGGUGGACCAUGGCCUUCCAAGGCUGACCAGGCGAGUGCAAGCAGCAGCCAGUCUGGCUCUAACAGUGCAGCAGAGAAGGGUGGUGAGGAGAGCAGGGCGAGUGAGGAGAGUAGGGCGAGUGAGGAGAGCAGGGCGAGUGAGGAGAGCAGGGCGAGUGAGGAGAGCAGGGCGAGUGAGGAGAGCAGGGCGAGUGAGGAGAGCAGUGCUGCUCCUGACCGGUUUGAAGACUCGCUGUGCCUACCAGCUGCACAGGCUGUUGUGUUUGACGUCCCGGUCGAGGCGCAUGGCAGCAGUGGUGCUGGUGGCAGCAACAGCAGUGCUGCAGCGCCCACCAACAGUGAUGGUGGUUUCAGCGAUAGAGUGGUGGGUGCUAGUGGCAGUGGCGGCGAGCAUUGGGACUUUUUGCAAGACGUGCAAGAUGAUGUGGACAGGAUGGAGGGGCGAGUGAGAGAAGCGAAAAGGGAAGUUGCGGCCAGUGAGCCAAUGCCAGCUGUCCCGUCGCCGGCCAGUGAGCUGACGCCAGCUGUGCGGGAGGCGGCAGCAGCAGCAGUGAGGGGCGCGCUGGAGAAGGGCCGCAAGACGGUGUGGGAGCUGGCUGCUCGAAGGGUGGCGGCUCUGCUGUCCGCUCCUCCUGUGUGCUCCGGCACGUCAGAGCAGUUCCUGCAGAUCCUGUGCCUGGUGGAAGACUUUGUGCUGGCAGGGGAGGCGUUUACUCAAGCGGAAGCGGGGAGCCUGAGGGCCAAGAUGGGCCGGCAGUGCGACCAGUUUUUCAGGAACUACCACCGCCAGGCACUGGAGGUGCUGCGUAUGAUGGUGGAGAGGGAAACUUGGCAGCCGCUGCCUCCCUCUUCCCUGCAAGCCCCCGAGGUGCAACAUCUCAUCUCUGCCCGCUCCACACUCGCCCGCUCGCCGGCCAAAAUGCUCACCUCGUCCUCUCCCAGCGACUCUGCACUCUCCGUGGGGCGAGAUGGGGCGAGCGGGGGAGGCAUGGGAGGAGUGGGAGGGGAGAGAGGCGGAGAGGCAGGGCGCGUCCUUUCAUGCUACGUUCGCCCUGCCCUCCUCCCCGUGCUGCUCUUGGCCUGUCCUCCUCCCCAUGCCCCCAUCACCACUCCACCCGUGCCCCCCCUCCUGUCGGCCCUCCCCCUGUUGGCCCUCCCCCUGUUGGCCCUCCCCCUGUCUGCCCUUCCCCUGUCUGCCCUCCCCCUGUCUGCCCUCCCCCUGUCUGCCCUCCCCCUGUCCGCGCUCCACCCUGCCAGGUUGAUGGACUACCAGGUCACUCUGCUGUUCUCUCUUGGACCUAUCUCAGCUGACGUCAUCAUGUCCGUGUGGCAGCUCUUCGACCUCUAUCUCAUCACAGUAUUCCGCAUCUUCGGUCAUCGGGAGGCCUUUGCUGCCCUGCGUUCUGCCGACCCUGCCGCUGCCCACUUGCUAUCCCCCAAGCUACGCGCCGUACUCACCAAAAUUCUGACUAAGUUCGAAGCCAUGGGGCUGCGCCCUCCCUCACCUCCUCCUCUCUCUUCCCCAUGCUCACCAAGAUCCUGCACAAGUUUGAAGCCAUGGGCCUGCGCCCUCUCUCUCCACCUUCCUUCCCCUCUUUCUUUUCCAUCACCCUUCCCGCUCCCCCUUUCCUCCCUUUCUCUUGCUACCCACACAGUGCUGUCCCCCAAGCUACGUGCCGUGCUCACCAAGAUCCUGCACAAUCUGUUUGACGGCAAGACCGGCACCAGGGUGCUCAUCUCCUCCUCCAACUUCUACGCUCUCAGGGAGCGGUGUGUAGCGAUCGAGUCGCUUCUGUGGCUCUCCCACGUGGUGCAGGCAGCACGGCAACGCUUCCUCUCGCACCUGCCCAAGGCGUCCUGGCCACUGCUCGAGUCCUACACCUCUGAAACGGUUAGUCACUCUUAA